CGGUUACGUUUGCAAAUCUGAUGUUUGUGCUUUGUGGCUGUUAGCUGGGAGAGCCAUAUUUGAAAACAACCAAUUUCAAGGGAAUUUAGUGGAAAUGUCGACAUUAGGAAUUUAAAAGGCGAACCAUCGGGGGGUGUUUUUCGGAUUCACGCGUACUGCCUUCAAACCUGCCACCUGGAGGCCUGUUUUGAGAGGAAAUACCCGGACUUAACUGCGACUCCAGGCCGGUCUAGGAGGACAUGACACCGGAGCGAAAGCUGUUUAUAUGUUUACUUUCAUCGCUUGUUAUACCCGUAAAACAAACAGCAAGUGCCAGAAAUGAACUCUAAAGACGUUUAUAAAGUAUUAAACUAACAAACUAACAUGCAAAAUAUAUUAAAACGGUUUAUGGAGUGUUAUUAGACGAUAGUUGGUGCUGAUAAGCAGGUAGAGUACUUCAGGUGACCCUGAUAGAAACUCACAAGUGAUGAAUUAUAGCUUAAAAACUAACACAGGAAAACCUGUCCGGGUAAAUAAUCAUAAUGAUGUUUUGUCAGUAAGGGAAAUGUACUUAUUUCGCAACAAAGUCAUCAGUGUGUUUGAUUGAAGCUUUAGUUUUCAAAAGCAUUUUGUAUAUAUUAUAACACCAAAUUGUAUGUAUUAUGUUCUUUAUUUUUUGGGGGCACUUUCCUUGGAAUUAAUAUUACAGCAUUGCUAUUUUUCUUGAGUGAAAACAAGUUCUAGCCAUCUCGUCAGAAGUGUUGCAAUCACCUGUAAGAGAGGUCUGAGGUAAUAUUGUGUCAUUCCUCGCCACAAAGACACCAUCCCAUUAUUGAAAGUUGCCCGGCAUGUUGAAGAACCUCUGUUGUUGAGGUCACUCCACUGUUGGUGGGUUAGAUCUCAUGGUUGUGUACCUGCAGCCCUGUUGACACCAACAGCUGAUUUCUUGGGUUCGGCACUUCCAGAACGUUUACGACUAAGAACAUCCAUACAUCAGGAUGAACCGUUAUCUGCCUGUGGCACGGCAGCAUUUCCUGAGUGCUCUCGCUAGCACAAGUGUGGUGGUGAAGUCCAUCUGUGUCAUAGUGAUUCUAUUGUACCUGCUCUCCUGGGCUGCUAACACUCCUUACCUGCUUGGUGUCACACCUGGCUUCCUUUUCCCACCAAACUUCUGGAUUUGGACACUUCUGACCCAUGCGGUGGUAGAGCAGAAUCUUUUUGGCAUGGCAGUGAACAUUGGUACAGUCAUGGUUGCCGGUCGGCUAUUGGAGCCACUAUGGGGAGCAUUGGAGCUGCUCAUCUUCUUCACUGUGGUAAAUGUAGCAGCCGGUCUCCUCUCUGCACUCUCCUACCUUCUCACCUAUGCUGCAACCUUUGACUUGGACUACCUGUUUGCUGUACGGGUGUACGGCGCACCUGCUUUUCUAGGAGGCAUUCUUGUAGCACUGAAACAGACUGCAGGUGACACCACGGUGCUUCGAGUGCCACAAGUCCGCUUGAAAGCUGCACCCGCUCUAGCUCUGCUUGCUAUAGCUGUCCUGCGUCUAGCAGGGCUUCUGGACACUUCAGCGUCACUAGCGGCAUGUGGCUAUGGAGCUCUAUCUGGGUGGGUUUACCUGCGCUUCUACCAGAGGCAUUCUAGGGGGCGUGGAGACAUGUCAGACCACUUUGCCUUCGCCUCCUUCUUCCCAGAGGCAUUGCAACCAGCCAUUGGGUUUGCAGCAGGGCUUGUGCAUACUGCAUUGGUAAAGAUAAAAGUUUGUCGUAAGAUGGUGAAGCGCUAUGAUGUUGGGGCUCCAUCUUCAAUUACAAUUAGCCUGCCAGACACAGACCCACAAGAUGCAGAAAGGCGGAGGCAAUUGGCAUUGAAGGCUCUCAACGAGCGUCUGAAGCGUGUGGAAGACCAGUCAGCUUGGCCAAGCAUGGAAGAUGAGGAGGAUGAUGAAGACGAAGAAGUGCAGACUGACACUCCUCUCCUUUCAUCCCGUGAGCCUUUGCCACCAGCACCCAGCUCCACUCAAAAUCCCACAGGACUACAGGAGUCUAGCAUCAUCAGUUUUGAAGAUGCAUCGACUCAUUCCUAACACAUACACACACAAACCUUAAAUUUAUCUUUACAAUCACAGAUGUUACUGGAGCUGUGACACACAUAUCAUCCUGGUAAUGUUUUACAUACCCAAACAAGAGGAUUUGAUACCAAAAGAACAUAUUAUUUAAUAAAAAAAACCCUGCUUUACAAAAAACUUGGAAUAGUAUGAAACAUAGCAACUGCAGCACUCCAGUACUUUUGCUUUGUAAAAACAAUCAUAUUUUAUCUCCCUAUGGCUUCUUGUGUAAGGUGUCUGAGAUGUAUCUUUUCUGAAUAAAUUCACAAAUGGUUGAUGGGAUUGAAACAUAAUUUUUUUGUUUGGUUUUGACAUUGCAACAAGAUAUGGUAAAAUUCCUGGAGUUGACUGAGCAGAAGAUUGUUUAAACUACAACUUUUUUGCUGAUAUAACGGCAAAAAGAGCAUUUGGAUAUUCAAGGGCUGGGUUUCCAUAGGUGACUAAUGUUUAUGCAAGUUGUGGGACUUCUCAAAGAACACGAUCAAAGGUUGUGCUCUAAUUGAUCAGGAUAUGGCCCUGUGAUCCCUGUUUUCUGUCAAAAUGACUUUGUGUGUGGAGGCAAAGAGAGGAGAGAGUCAAAUAGUCAUUUCAAAAGUAUAUUUGUUCAGAAUUUGAAAUGAUAAUAGCAAUACACAAUCCGAUUAUGUUCCCUGUUGUACCCUUUUCCUCAUCUGUACUUGAUCUAUCUAUAAGUGUUGGCUUUGAUAAGAGUGUUGCACUCUAAAUUAUAAGCUUACAUAAUGAACCUGUUUUUAUAAAACACAUUGUCUACACAGUGUGGUUUGAGUUUAAUGCAGAUUCUGACAUAAGACCAGCGAUUUAUCUGGAGAAACUUGGUUGCAUUUCUAUGUUUUGAGUAGGCUUGCUGAAUUUUUUUUACUAAUGUUUUUUUUUUUAUACUAGCAUUUGUUGAUCUGUUUCCUUAUGGUUCCUAAGUGUCAGCCUUGAUGUUUCUUUCCCUCUAAUUCUCUGAUUCAUAUUUCAGCCUAAUUUUCUUAUCUUUAUCUCUCCAUCUGUAAUAAAGACUAAAGGAA